AUGUCGUUCUUGUUUGGGAAGAAGAAGCACCAGCAGAACACCGCCCUCCCACCCGCCACCCGCGACAUAUCCUCUUCCCAUGGCCCGGGCUCUAUGAUACCCGCCCCGAACGGCGUCGCAGUUCGAGACCCCGAAAAGGCUCGUAAUGGGCCCCAGGCUCAAACGCCGACUCCUGGAAGCAGCGUGAACAACUCGCUCAGCUCGCUCCAAAAUCCACGAACCACUUCGAGUCCGGAGCCCAAGACUUUGCGCGAACGGUCAGACUCAGAAGUGCAGAAUCCUAAUCCUCGGGCUGCUACAGGAAAUCCUGCCGGUGCGCGCGACUCUCCAUAUCCAUGGUCGCAACGAAGAUUGAACUUUUCGACCUCCUCGAACCCAUUCCCCCGAUAUGGCGCCGCCGUCAAUUCGGUGGCCUCCAAAGAUGGCGUGGUAUACAUAAUGGGAGGCCUGGUAAAUGGAUCCACCGUCAAAGGUGAUCUUUGGUUGGUCGAAGUCGGCAGUGGCACUAUGGCCUGCUACCCCGUGUCUACAACCGGGGAUGGACCAGGCCCUAGAGUCGGGCAUUCGAGUCUGCUGGUUGGGAACGCAUUCAUUGUGUUUGGCGGCGAUACCAAGUUGCAGGAUGGAGACAUGUUAGACGAUACCCUUUACCUCCUCAAUACCUCAACGAGACAUUGGUCGAGGGCCAUGCCGGCAGGGUCCAGACCAGCUGGUCGGUACGGCCAUACGCUCAAUAUUCUCGGUUCCAGGAUCUACAUCUUCGGCGGUCAGGUGGAAGGUCACUUCUUCAAUGAUCUGGUUGCCUUUGAUUUAAACUCUCUUCAAUCAGCAACGAGCAAAUGGGAAGUUUUGAUACCCAACAGCAAGGACGCCGGGCUUGCCACGCCCUCACCACCAGCUCGAACGAACCACUCCAUAGUCACGUGGAACGACAAGCUCUAUCUAUUUGGUGGUACCGAUGGGGUUAGCUGGUUCAACGACGUCUGGACUUACGAUCCACGAACGAAUGCUUGGUCAGAACUCGAUUGCAUCGGUUACAUCCCAGUAGCACGAGAAGGCCAUGCCGCAGCUCUCGUCAACGACACCAUGUACAUCUUCGGUGGCCGAACCCAGGACGGUGUGGACCUAGGCGAUCUAGCAGCUUUCCGGAUUUCAUCGCGGCGUUGGUACAUGUUCCAGAACAUGGGACACUCGCCAUCAGCUCGAUCCGGACACAGUAUGACCGCCUUUGGAAAACACGUGGUUGUUCUAGCUGGUGAGCCGAGCUCAGCGCCCAGCGAUCGGGGCGAGUUGAGCCUGGCAUAUCUUCUCGACACAUCCAAAAUACGAUAUCCCGCAAAUGAAACGCAGCCACCAAUGUCACAGCAAAUGGUCGCUCCACGAAAAAUGAGCGGAAGCGAUAAGAGUGGCAUUCCACAGAGCAGACCCGUAGGGCCUGCGGGGCCUAUGGCACGGGAGAGUAUUGCUGGGCAACCUCCUCCUAGGGGAGCAGAGCCCCCAAUGGUCAAUGGUGGUGGGUCUAGGUUACCUCGAGCUGCUGUUGGCCAAGCGCCAUCGGGGCCUCCUCCGUUACAGCAAGCCCCACAACCAAGAACGAGCGGAACUUCUGGAUCCUUCAAUAGUGGUCGAAGCAAAACACCGACGAAGGAUAAUCGAGGGUUUGGUCCAUCGGUCGACACCAGCAGAGCCGCCAGCUUCGACCGAGAAAAUAUAUCCCCGGGCAGCAGGGAUAGUCCCUUGUCUAGGGACGCGGAGUACCAAACCGCUGCCAACAACGAAAAGGCCAUGAAUGCUCCAAGGAAGGGAUCAGAUGUAUCCUCGGCUGGACCACAAUCAUAUCACAAAGAGUCGACCGACGCUGUACGAAGUGGAAGCGUAGUGUCACGUAACACCUCAAUGUCUCACCGACAACAGCAAUCCAUGGAUAGCGUCGAACAAGGAACCCCAAGGCGCUCGCUCGAUGCCCAACGACGAACCAUGAGUCGCGAAGACCAUCGCCCGAUCGACAGCGGGGUUGGAUCAUCUCCAGCGCUAAGCCAGCAGAACGACGAGCUCAUGCGGGAACUGGAGGCUGCGAAGAGCCGCAAUGCCUGGUAUGCCUCAGAACUGGCAUUGGCUCGCAAAGCAGGGUACCAUCCAAAUGCAUCCAGCAGCCCCGUGCUCGACGAGCGUGCCGCAGACGUUUUCGGCGACGAUGACCGGCCACUUCUGGAGGCACUACUCAAGAUGCGGGCUGAGCUUGCCAAAGUACAGGGAUCCAUAGAUUCGCAGGCUGUUUCUGCAGCGAACAAAAUUGCUGAAGUUGAGAGGCAGAGAGAUGCCGCCAUCAACGAAGCUGUAUAUGCCAAGACGAAGCUUGCUGCUCACGGAGGUAGUCAGGCUGGGACACCUCAGCCUGAUGGAUCUCGAGGGACUGGCACUCCGGAACUUGAUCGCGUCAACGAGAUAAGCCGGCGAUUGGCGACCUCGCUAGCGGCCCAAUCCGCGCUGGCGGCGAAGCUAGAGAAAACCACCGCCGUCAUUGAAGCCGAACGAAAAGCAAGACAGCUUGCCGAAGAAACAGCAGAUGCCGCUCAAAAACGGGUCAACGAGCUCGAUGCUUAUCGACAACGAACUGCUUCGGAGGUCGAGAGUCUCCGCGCAGAGCUGCACGAUGCCCAGCGGAUCGCAAGAGAAGAGAGUGUUCUCAGCGCAGAGGCGCGAUCAUCAUCGCAGCUUCUUGCAGUGGACAAGAAUGAGCUCAGUACAAAACUGAGCAGGGCACUUGAAGAUGCAGGAAAUCACUCGAGUAUCUUACAGACCCUCCGCGAUGCGGUGGCUGCAUCAACAGACAAGGGCGCCCUGAUUGAACGCCAACUCGAAGAAGAGCGACAUCACCGCACUACCCUGGAACAGAAGCUUGCUCAAUUACGUGCCGAGCACGAGGAUCGCACGACUGAGCUUGAGACUACAUCGAGGAGACUACGAGACACGGAGGAAAUUGCUGAGAAGCAUGCCGCAGAAGCUCGUACGCACAAAGAGGCUGUUCUCUCUGGUUUAGGAAGAGUCACGGACAGAGAUGAGGAUGAACACGAGGCUGCUGAUGAGCGUGUCACCAUCCUUCAACAACAGGUCGAGGCUGCAAAUGCCUUGGUUCGCAAGAACCAAGAUGCAGCUGAUUCCGCCGCCGCCAAGCUUCGACGUGCAGAAGAACGAAUCGCCGGUCUUGAGGCUUACCAAGAGCAAGCAAGCCGUGAAGGCCUCAGCAUUCGCAAGCAGCUCCAGCAGACCAUGCGCGAAAUGCAAGCCCUAGAUUCCGAAAAGGCCGAGCUGCACCAAGAAUACGAGCGACACCGGCUGGAGAGCAAUGCGCUCGAAGUGCAACUCAAGACUCUCAAGAAUCUGCUCGAGGAACGAGGUGUCAACCCUGUUGAUGCCCGGAGGUCGCGUGUUUUAGACAGUCCAAACUCGCGCUUCGGGACUCCUGAAUCAAACCGUGUGCGUGAACUAGAGCAGCAACUCGACGCUAGCCUGAAAGCGCAUGAUGAGAUGAGGUCGACUUUCGAACAGCGCGAGCACCAUGUCAGCAGAGAAUGGGAGGAGAAGCUCACCGCCCUUCAUAACGACCACCAGGCUGCCGUGAAGUACCUUCGAGGCACGGAAAAGAUGCUCUCCAAGAUGAAGCAAGAGCUAGACCGCUACAAGAGCACGAACACGAAAUUAGAGGAGGAGCUUUCGCAAGCCAGACAAGCCGCACAAAGCCCCACCACGCAAGUGCACGCCGCAUGGGAAACUGAACGCGACUCUCUUCGCAAUGAGAUCUCCACCAUGCAGACGAACCUGAAGACCUCAGUCUCCCGCCUCGAAACACAGCUCAGCACUCUCCAGGCCGAGCUUGCCACGGCCCGCACCGAUCGCGAGACUGCUGUCCAGCAUGCCCAAGAGCUUGAAGCCGCAGCCACACAAUCUCACUCCGACCUCGAGGCUCUCCGUCAAUCUAACGAAAUCCUCGACCAGCGCGCGCGUGACGCUGAAAACCGUGUCCGGAUGCUGCUUGACCAGUUCGAGAGCUCCGUCGACAAUUACCGCCGCCAGUCGCAGAUCCCGGCUGGCGCUGCCAAUAUUGGCGUCAACGGCGGCCACCACCGCCCUGGCCACGACAGUAUCUCGGGUGACAGCAUUUAUUCCGACGACGAUAACGACGGCGACGGCGAUAGCACCCCGGAUGCUUCUGCCGCUGCCACGCGGAAUUCCAUGGCUCUAGAUAACCUGGCAUCUGAGCUGGAUGCACUACGGAGCCAUUGGGAAACAACCAACAAGGCCUAUCGCCUAAGCGAUCGCUUCGACUUUGAGCGCACGCCAACAAGCGAGAAGAACGAGCUUAGCGAGUCCCUAGCCGCCUGGCGCAAGCGGAUGGACCUUGAAGACGAAGAGAUGCAGCGUGGGGGCAAGACAGGCGGUGCAGCCUCAAUAGCUUCAGAGACCGAAAAGGAGAGGGACCGAGCGGUAGCAAACGUGAGCGGCGUUGGGACUGCGGGUAAUGCGGGCGUAGGACCCGGAGGAAGCGCAAUGAUAUGAUAUGCGUAAAGAAGAGUGAGCGUGGACAAGAGUUCUGUUUGGUUUCUCCUGUUUCUGAGUACAUGUACACUUUCUCUUUCUAUCAUUCGGUCUAGGUCAUCACCGGAUCAUGGUAUUUGGCGGGCGCAUGAGCCUCGGCGUCUUUUCUUCUACAAUUACUUUUCUAUACCUUUCUAUUCAAAUUUUCUUGGAAGCCUUGUUUUCUCAAUCCGCUGGUUUGGCUGGCGAAGCGUUUACUUACCCUUUGAGCGAGUUCUCCUGC